AUGAAAACAAACAUCCUGCUCGCUUGUCUUUCUCUUUCGCUCGUUUCAACAUCCCAAGCUGAAUUGAGGCGGAUUCGACUUUCGAGGAUCGGUAGUGAUUCAAUUGACUCCAGUGUCUUUGGACACAACUCUCAAAUCCAUCUGGGCUCGACAAUCUCACAAACAGACGUCUUUAAAAUUGCGCAUCCAUACUCAGCUGAGAUCUUUAUUGGCACUCCUCCACAGCCAUUCAGGGUUCAAAUCGCGACAGGCACGUCUAAUUUUUGGAUCCCUUCAGUUCAAUGUUCUACAGAAGCAUGUUACUAUCGGAAUCGAUUCAAUCCAUCCGCAUCAACGACCUUUGAGUUCAAUAAGGAGCUCUUUUGGCUCCCAUCUCGAAAACGCUAUUAUAAUCGAAAAGAUUUCAACAGUAACGGCAACAGAGAGGAUCAAAAAAUAGACAACGAUGAUGACGCAGAUUUGAUUGGAUUAAGAGGAAUAGAUCAUUUGAUUCUGGCUCAUUCGUCAGUAGCCCUCAAUGUUUCAACAAGACAAGAAUUUGGGUAUAUUAUCCAAGAACGAAAUGGAGGUUUGGAAUCUGCAAUCGGAAACCAUGGAGGUAUUUUUGGUAAAAUUACGGAAGCCUUGCCAUCAUCAACGACGGGGACAAUGACGACGGUAGUGGACGGGAUCUUGGGUCUUGGAUAUGAUGAUCUUGCAAUGACAGGACGACCCUUCUUGUUGAACCUUAAGGAUAAAGGGAUGUUGAAAGAGAAUGUCUUUGGGCUGUAUUUAGCCAAGAUGAAAACCAAUGAUAACUCAGAGUUAACUUUGGGAGGUUUGGAUCCAAAGCAUCGUAAGGGGGAUAUACAAUGGCAUGAGGUGACUCGAACUCAACAAGGAGAAUGGGCUAUCGAAUUGACUGCGUUUGCAUUGAAACGAGAGGCAUUCGAGAUUGAUGGCAAUGCAGUGAUCGACAAUGGAUUUCCAUUUAUUGCAUUGACACGAUAUCAAGCUGAGAUGAUUAAUUUACAGAUUGGAGCUACAAAGGAAACAGAGAAAGGAAGUGGGAUCUAUACGAUGCCAUGUAAAGAUAUAGACAAUCUAUUCGAGUUUAUUAUCUUGUUUGGACAGGAAGAGUAUCAACUGACUGGAAGGGAAUAUGUUCUUCAAUAUGAUGAAAACGUCUGUUGGAGUGCCAUUGUUGGUAUGGAUUUCUCAAAGGAAUCGGGGGUGGUAGCCAUCUUUGGAGAGGUCUUCUUACGAAAAUACUAUAGUGCAUAUGACCUGGACCAUCAUCGGUUAGGUUUCGCAUUAGCAAAUCAUCAAUAG